AUGUUAAUGCAUAAGCUUUACUGGCCCAAGGUUCAAAAAGCUGUGGAAUCAGCUCGUAAAGGCCAGCUGGAAGGCAAGGCCGCCGACGGGGCUGAACAUCGGGCUCACAACGACAAGAAAAAGAAAGGCUCGUCACAGAGAGCCGUCAACCGCAAUAUCACAAAAACGUUAGACGGAUAUGCGAGGCAGAGAUUGAUUGUAGCGGAUAACUUCUGCAGCUCGCCUGCGUUGGCACUCGCGCUGCUGACUUUGGGUUUCUACUACGUCGGUACUCAGCGUUUGGACAGACUUGAGUGGCCGUCAGAUCUCACGAUCCCACAGAAGAAAGGGCCGCAGUACAUGCCGAGGGGGACGUACAGGAUCGCGCAAUGUAGACAGUUCCCAGCACCUGUUGCCACUGCCUGGAUGGACUCCAGUCCUGUGCAUCGGAUCGCCACGGCGUACUCCACCACAUGUGGCACUCGUCAAUGGUUCAUUCUUCACCAGAUGGUAAUGAAGCGGAAAGGUAAGCGUGCGCCCUUGCACGCGGAGUACAUGCGGCAGCUUCUCGUGGAGUUACUUGCCGUUACAGCUGUAAGCUUCCGUACCAACCGACAUGCAGAAGAUCUGGCGAGUGUGCCGACCGAAAAUCUUGAUCACGAGCUGCGCAGCACUGAUGAACUAUUCAAGGCUAAAUCCGGCAAGAGCAAAGAGAAGAUCAAAAGCCGACAGCAUCUCUGCCAGUGGGUCUGCUAUUCCGGCACAUCUGCGGGGGUGAAUUCGCCUACGGAAGCGAAAGCUGGAGGGACUAAGUGA